GCUGCCCUUGCGCGAAGUUUGAAUCUGUGCAAUACGCCGCGUGAUGAGACUGGGGGCUACACGCUGCACAUAGUGUGCGGCAAAGGAGAUUGGAAGCACAAGCGCGAGUUCUUGAGGACACCUCGCCGCUACGGACUGAGUGAUCAGAUCUGUGGUCGCUGCCUCUGCUCCGGAUUGCCAAACACAGACAAGCCCUGGUAUGAUGCUGUGUUGGAGCGCUUCAACAACAUCCCGGACCUUGCAGCUGCUGUCGAUACCAGCGUGGGUACGGCCCGAGACGCUGUGGGUUCGCUGGUGAUGGACUAUGCUGAAUGUGUGGCCGAGCAUUUGCCUACUUGGGACGAGCGUCUUGCUUGGGUACACGGCGAAUUUCAGCACUGGUGCAAGCAGCAUGGUGUUCGGCCAUCGACCGUUGAUGAUUUGAGCCUCACCAAAUUGUCCGUGGAUGCUGUUGGCCUGGACUUUCCUCUUGGACCGUCGAAAGGCUAUGCGAACAAA